GGUAACACGCAGCUGUGUGGUGGCAGCACCAUGCUGGGCCUCUGGCUCCUGGGCUGCUGGGCUGUCUUGGGCGCUGCCUUCGCCGGGCAGGAAGGGGAGCUGAACGGGGCACAAGAAUCUGAGUUCUCUGACCAGGAUCCUGCUCGCCUCAUACUGAGCUGCACUUGUGGGAUACCAGGCUGCGGGAUCCCUGCCAUCACUCCUAAGGUCAGUGGCCUGCCCAGGGUCAUCGGCGGGGAGGAUGCUGUCCCUGGAUCCUGGCCAUGGAUGGUGUCCCUGAGGAUCCCAGGUGACAUUCACUCCUGCGCGGGCGUGUUGAUCAGCGAGGAAUGGGUGCUCACUGCCGCCCACUGUAUGCUUGAGCCAAUUGAAAAGGUGGUGGCGGGGGUGUUUAACCUGAACGACAAUGGGACGGAUGUCCAGGUGUUGACGAUUGCAGAGGUAUUCGUUCAUCCCAAUGCCAGCGUAAUUCCUGUGCACAAUGACAUCGCGCUGCUGAAGCUGGCCACCCCGGCCCACUUCACUGACACUGUGUCCGCCGUGUGCCUGGCCUGUGACGAGGCUGACUUCCCGCCAGGGACCUUGUGCGUCAUCACAGGCUGGGGCCACAGGCGCUACAACACUGAGAAUUCACCCACGCUGCAGCAGGCAGUGCUGCCCCUCGUGUCCACUCCCGACUGUCAGAAGUACUGGGGUGCUGACGUCACAGAUGACAUGAUCUGCGCCGGAGGCAACGGGACCGGCCCUUGCAUGAAUGACUCUGGCGGCCCCCUGGUGUGUGAGAAGGGGGGAGUGUGGACCCAGGUGGGCAUCGUGUCCUGGGGCAGCCGUGAAUGUGACACCAGCAUGCCCGCUGUGUUCACCCGCGUCACUGCGCACCUAGACUGGGUGAAGCAGACCCUGGCGGAAAACAGCCUCAGAGCUGCUCUGUGCUGGCUCUUGCCCUGCCUCCCCCCUCCCAAGCCUCAAUAAACCCAGGACCUGCCA